AUGUCAAAACGAUGGUUAGGAAUAUGCACUCAUUUUUCUUCUAAUUCUUAUUUGUUCAAUUUUAAAAAAAUUUUCGAAAUGUUAUUCUCAUCAUUCAUCAAUUCACCGUUAAAAUGUUUAUUCAUGAUAUUAUUUUUAAUUGGUGCUACUUAUGUAUGCUAUUUAUGGAGUGCAAAACUUAAUGAAACAAAUAAUCCAGUAUUUGUUAUUAAUUAUGCAUCUAUUGAUAAUCCAUUCAAUGAGUUACGAUGUCGCAGAUUAAAAUAUACACAAGUUGGUCACGUGAAAACGCCUAAUAAAGCAUUAUUUUGGCCACAGAUACAAUAUAAAUAUACAUUAUCUCAAUCAAUAGAUUUUAUUUCACCGAAUUCGUCACUGAAAAAUUUCAUUCCACAACAAAUAUUUGGAUCAUUUUACACUAAGUAUAAUGCCACAAAAAUAAAUAGUUAUGCUGUAUCAAGUAAUAGUUUAAGAUAUAUUAUUGAUAAGAAAAAUCACACUAUCAAUUAUACUACACCAAUUAUAUGGUCUCCAUUGGGUUGUUUACCUAGCCUGUCAUCGGCUAUAAUUAUUCCUUAUCGUAAAAGAGAACAACAUUUACGAGUGUUAACAGAUCAUUUACAUGGAUUUUUACGACACCAAAGAAUACCAUAUACCAUUUUUAUUAUUGAACAGACCGGUGAAACGAAAUUUAAUCGUGGUGCUUUAUUAAAUGCUGGUUUUCUUGAAGUUUCCAAAUUCAAAGAAUAUGACUGUUUCAUUUUACAUGAUGUAGAUAAACUACCAGAAGAUGAUCGAAUUAUUUAUACAUGUGGACCAAAUCCAACACAUUUGUCAGCUUCAUUAAGUACUUUUAACUACAAAUUAAUUUAUCAAAGAUUUUUUGGUGGUGUUGUUACAUUCACUCGUGAUCAAUAUCUUAAAAUUAAUGGUUUUUCAAAUUUAUAUGAAGGAUGGGGUGGUGAAGAUGAUGAUCUUUUAUUACGUGUUGAACAAUCUGGUUAUAAUUUAAGUCGAAUCAAUUUAUUGAUUGGUCGUUAUUAUGCAAUGAGUCAUAAGACAGAUGAAUUAAAUGAAAAGAAUCUAGAUCGUUUCAAGUUGUUGGAAACUUCAGAGCGUCGAUUUAAAAGCGAUGGAUUGAACAGCUUGAAAUAUAAUGUAACUCAGUCGAAAUCAAUGUACAAUGGUCUACUUUAUUGGAUUUCCAUUUAUAUACAUCCUAACAACCAGAAUUAAUUUGAUAUAAAAGUAGGUUGUAUCUAAGCUUUCAGAAACAUGAUAUUUUUUGUUGUUCGGGAAAAUUUUUAUUAUAUCACAUUUGAAUCUCUGUUAAAUUGACAGCCUAUUUCUUCAUUUAAAUUAAUAUAUGAAAAUCAAAAAAGAAACAUUGGAAAGAAAAUCAAAUCUUCAUAUAAAAAAUAAAGUGGUUGUAAGCAUAUGAAAAAAUUAGGCAUUUAUUGAUCGAAAUAAGAACAAACUGGAGGAUAGAUUAAAAAAGACAAUUGAGUUACUGACUAUAUUGUUAAAUACGUGUUUUUCAGAUGGCUUGUGUUUUUUCUAGAAGUAGUGAGAAUUGUCAUUCUGUAUUCUCACAGGAAACUAUGAAUAUUAAAAAGCUAAUUUAAUUUAUUUCUGAAGUUAAAGAUCAUAGAAAUACUUUAUAGAUAGAUAGUUCUUGAGUAUCACUAAGAAGUAAUGUGUGUUUAUUUGACUGUCUGAUUUCAAAAAAAUUAGUGUGAUAAAUACAUGUUUGCUUUCUCCAUGUAUUCCACUGAUGUUCAUACAUAUUUUAAGUGAUUGGUUAAUAUAGAGUAGUAUUGGUAGCACAGUAGUGAGAGAGAUUUGGUAAGGAAAGCAGAUUUAUUGUUUAAUGCACAAUUACACAGUUACCUAGCAAAAACAUGAAAAUCAUUCAUUAAAUACAUCAUAUGCACAUCUACCAUAAGUCGUCUCUUAUAAAAUUCAUCGUUCAUUCAUUCCUGCUAUUAUUCUGAUUGCUUUUAGUUUUCUUCACUCUUCUUUUCAUUUCAAUUUCCUCAACGUUCUGCUCUCAGGCAUUUCACUUCCGAAUGUUGAUACAUACAACUUAUAUCUGUAAGCAUAAGUAACAUACACGACAGUGGUAGUAGUACAUAUAUAUAUACAUAUAUACUACUUUUCGCUUAUCAGUAUGGUGUGUCGUUAGUCGGAAGGAAUUUUUGUACUCAAUAAAAUUUAGACGUGUUAAACAUUAUUACAGUCAGAAAUGUUAAUAAUGAGUUAUAUGUAUCACGAUUGGCUUUCUUUAAGACUGAGGUACGUACAGUGGUUCUUAUAACUAAGUAUUAAUUAAUAUGUACUUCUUCAUCCUGACCGAAUUCUAUCGAGCAAGUUUAUUAGAUUAAAAUCUGAGUUAAUAGAAGGAUUUCCAAACGUUUGGCACUGCUUUUGUACAAUUCUGAUAUUGUUAAACGUUAUACCUCUGUUGAAAUACAAAUUAACUACUAGUCCUAUUCAGUUGUUUGUCCCGAUAGAUCCAAACUGUUCAUGAGGAUUUAUCAAUGUGACUAGAAAGGAACAAUGUGAUAAUUUCAAAUGAUUUGUAUAUUGAGCAUGCUUUUAUCAACACUUUGGAAUGUUUGCAAAAAUACAUUGUAUUAAUGUUACUCAUUUGAAAUAAACCACAUUGAUAUGAUUUUGUUAAACAGUUCAAUAUUUGAACCGUGAUUUUAAUAAUUUUAUACAAUCACAUUGAUUUUCAAAUUCAAACGAAGUGUGUUUAUCGAAAAUGAGUUCAUCAUUUUUCUUUUCAAAAGAUUUGGAAACUUUUCUGUACACUUGAAAGAAAGAGAAUAAACAAAAUUAGGAUAUAAGAAACAUUUGAUACCGAAGUUUGUCGAUAACCCUGAUACAUUUACUGACUGUGAAAAUUUUUACCAGUGGUCAUUCAAUAAGUACAUUUUUUCACCAAAAUGUAUUUACUAAAGCAUCUAUUUCACUGCUUUUGAACUUACUUAAUGGUUAAUUAUUUCUAUUAAUUUAAUGUUAUGAUUAAAUUGUCAAUUGCAUGACAAAUAACACACAAUAACACAAUUAAUUAUAUAUUGCCAUUUCAUUCACAGGUUGAGAAUAAAUAGAAAAAUACCUUUGUUUUUUGUUACAAGCACAUGUAAAAUAAUAAUAAUAAUAAUAAUGAUAAUAAUAGAACCUGUUUAUCUUUUAUCGUUAAAGUAAAGUAUCUUGGAAACACCAACGCUUGAGUAAUAUCUAAAUAAUUUCUUCUAAUCGUACAAUUCAAUCUGUAAUAAACUUUCGUUAAAUAUUUCACAUCAUCUAAUAUAAUGUACAUAUCAUUAUUAAAAUUUUUGUGAUAUUUCAAUGUAAUCUAUUCAUUUCCUUUAUAAUCUUUUGUUUUGUGUUCUUUUAAUAUUGACUGCUGAAAUUAAGAAUUCUGUUACACGUUUCUCACUUUAUAUUUUAACAAAUUAUGGUAAAAUUCUCAAAACUGUAGUGAUGAUCACUUGUUUCAUAUAUUACCAUAUAUACAUAUUUUAUUAUCUUUACAACUUUUGUACGAAGACGAUUAUUUUAACAAACAGAAUACACCCAUUAUGACAUUAAAUAAGAAAGAAAGAUUAGCUCAGCGAAGAGUUGUCUUUUCGGCGAAUUCAUUUUCAAAGCUGUACAAUCGCAAAUAUAUAUACUUAUUAUUACAGGGUGAUAAUAAUACUGA